GGAGCCAGUGUGACAUGAGGGCAAGGGUCAGUGUGACAUGGGGGAGCACUCAGGGUGGCCAAUGAGGAGGAACUGUAACUCCCAGGAGGGGGAGUUUAUUUUUAAGCUGAGGACAAGCAAAUGUCACACUGAGAAGGAGAGAUCAACCCUAAAUCGUGGGAACAGCCUCCAGGAUAUCAGACCGAUUGAUCGUUCUCCUGCACUGAUGAACUCCCUCCCCAGGUCUUCUCACUGGAAGACAGGGUAGCAAGGCAGAAAUGACCCACGUCUUCCUAGUCUUCACCCUUCUGACAGUGGCUGCAGGAGCAUCAGCCAAAGGAAACAAAGCCAAGCAAAUGAGUCAGAUGGAAGCAAAAACCAAGGAGGCAACCUUUUUGAUUUUUCUGGACUCUGAGAGUGAGCUAUGCCUGGGUACCCUGAUCCACGAACAGUGGGUUCUCACCGCGGCUCACUGCUUCUUACCAUUUCUUAAGAUCAAGAUCGCUACUUCAGGAGAUAGACGUUUUCAGAAUCUGGACUUGAGACCCCUGCUUGUUGUCCGACACCCGAACUUCACCCAGGAUUCUGCAGAGCAUGACAUCAUGCUCGUCAAGCUGGAGAGUCCCCUCCAGCUCGGGGACGAGUUGAAGCUGGCGGCUCUGCCCAAUAGCACAGAUGACAAACGGGGGACCACCUGCACUGUCGCUGGCUGGGGCUGGACAUGGAAGCAAUAUAAUAAAGACCCAGAUAUCCAGAUAAACCAGGAUGUGGUUUGGUUCUCCAGUGAAGACUGCCAAGCAUUCUCUACAAGAACAAUUUCUACUGCAGUCCCAGACACCAUGUUCUGUGCUGGAUUGUCUCUGGGCAGCACAUUCCUGUGUUGGGAAGUCACUGCUGCCCCAAUCCUGUGCCAACAUCAGCUCCAGGGGAUCCUGUCCUGGUCAGAAGGGUGUGUUCUGAGAGGCAGCAUUGGAUACUACACCAAGAUUUCCCAAUAUACAGACUGGAUCCUCAAAGUCAUCCACACCAAAUGACUUCCUUCUCUUCCUUCUCCUGGCAGCCUCAGAACUUGUCCUACCACUCUCAGCCCUUCAGUUCCUUCUGGCCUUAGAACAAGAUGGGAAUAAAGACUUUGGCUGUAAGGAGUU